CUGAUGAUGAAGCCAAGGCUGUGAACAUCUGUCAAACUUUGUUUCUAGAUGAAACAAAAUGAACGUCGGAUUGGACGAAGUGUGAAUAUCUCUUUCCUAUCCCUCAGCUUUGUGCUGCUCUCAGCCUUGUGCAUACGCAGUCGUAUUAAACCUGAUUACACAUUUUUUCAAUGGCUACUAAAGUAGCAGUCAUUGGCGCGGGCCCUCUUGGACUGAUUGCCAUGAAGAUUCUUAAGGAGGACGGCUUCAAAGUGACCGGUUUCGAGGCGAGGCCAUACGUGGGUGGCCUGUGGAAGUACUCGGAAGACGCAGCGUUGUCCGUCGCCGAAAGCACGAUCUUCAACACGAGCAGGUAUCGCACCGCCAUCUCCGACUUCCGCUUUCCGCCUGGUACAGCCGAUUAUCCGACGUGGCAGGAAAUGCACCGGUAUCUGGAGAGCUACUGCGACGCGUUCGAUCUGCGGCCGCACAUCCAGCUCUGCAGCCCAGUUACCCGGCUGAGCCGUUCGGGGCGCCAAUGGGUGUUACACAUCUCUCCGCCGGACUGCGAGCCGCGCACUGAAUGUUUUGACAAGGUCGUCGUAGCGACAGGGACAUUCACGACGCCGAGGCAGCCGCAUUUGCCGGGAAUUGAAAACUUCAAGGGCUCUGUGAUCCACGCAAUCAAUUUUCACCGGCCGGCUCUGUACAAGGACAAGAACGUGCUGCUCGUCGGGUUGCAUGCGACGGCCCAGGACGUAGCCGUCGCGUUGCUCGGCCACGCCAACAAGUUGUAUGUCUCGCAUAGGAACGGCGUCUUACUUAUUCCUCGCUACGCAGCCGAUGGAUCAGUCUUUGACCGCUCACAAAGCUUGAUGGUAUUCCGCCUCCAGCUCUUUCUGUCCCGAUGGCUGCCCACCACCUACAACUGGCUCAUGGACUUUUUCCUCUCCCGUCUGUCUGCGAAGGUUUUCCCUGGUAUCCCGCCAUCGUGGGGUUUCUCUCCCGCUCCGUCCUUCGCCUUACACCCACCUCUGGUUGCGGACGAGAUCUAUCCACUGUUCAAAUCUGGCUUUGCCGAGCCUGUGACGGCCAUUGAGCGAGUCACUGGGGGUCGGAGUCUUGAAUUGAGAGACGGCCGUGUGCUGACUGAUGUCGAUGCCAUCAUCUUCUGCACCGGCUACGACACGUCCGUUCCUUUUGUCGACAAUGAGUACAAUCCAUACCCCGUCGUCGGAGAGUCACCGCACCUGUAUCGGGGCAUAUUUCCUCUUCAUGCCGAUGAGGAGGUCCGAAACUCGCUGGCUUUCCUUGGCCACGGCGCCUUUAAUUUAGUCGGUUUUAUCCAAGCGGAGCUAUGUACAAUGGCCGUUUCUCAGAUCUGGCUCGGACACUCUGCGCUGCCCUCAUAUGAGGAGAUGAAACAAUGGCAUAGUGGCUGGAUGCAGUGGAGACAGGACCAGCAGAAAGCACAGAGUACGGAAGUUACCUUCUUGCCUGGCUUUGUCUCGGCGGAAGAUCAGUUUCCUUGGCUGGACCGGACGGCCGGAACGGGAUUAGUAGAGCAUUUCAGCUGGUUCAGCUUAAGGUCGUGGUCGUUCUGGUGGCGCGACCGUAGGUUCUAUACACUGUGUAACACAGGUUUCUUUAGUCCCGCACUGGUGCGGCUGUUCGACAUGGGUAAAAGGAAGGCCUGGUCACAAGCGAGAGAGCAAAUAUACAAGGAUAAUGAGGAUGUUGCCCGAGGGCAGCAAGAACGCUUGCGGAAACUCAAGAACGAUUGACUAAACGAUUUGGGUCGUUUCGAACGUAGCCAACAUUAACUUCCUUGUAUAUACUGACAUCGAUUCGCGCAACUUUGGCGCAGACGGCCGGGGUCGUAAAUCCGAAAUGUUACUAAAUUUCUCUUGCUCAGGUGGAAUAUCA